AUGGUUACUGAAAAGGUCCCAAGAUUCCUUCAGAGGCGAAAGAAACCUCAAUUGAUAAGAUGGUUGUCUGUUUUCUUAGCAUUGGGUCUUGUUUAUCAAAUAAGCAAACUUAGUUUCACUGUCAACCAAGAACUUGAUCCAAAAGUAAUUGUUCUUAAUGCCCUUGAAACCAACUUAGCAGGCAAUUGGUCUGAGAAAUAUACAGCGGAACCUCAUUUGGCUGGUACCAAUUAUGGGCUUGUUGAAUGGACUCAACAGAAGUUUGAAGAAUAUGGAUUUGAAGCAACUAUUGAUCCUUAUGAAAUUUACGUGAGUUAUCCAAAAGAUCAUGAUUUGAACCUCUUAAAUAAAACCAAUCACAUUGUCUACAAGGCGCCUCUCAAAGAGGAUGUAUUAAAGAAGGAUCCAACUACUCACGGAAAUGAUACGAUUCCAACCUUUUUAGGAUAUGCUGCAAAUGGUAAUGUGACUGCGGAAUAUAUCUAUGCCAACUACGGGACUACAAAAGAUUUUGAAGAAUUAAAAAAGCACAAUGUCACAAUUAAGGACAAGAUAGUAAUUGUUCGUUAUGGUAAAAUAGUCAGGGGAUUAAAAGUAAAAUUUGCCCAAGAUAACGGAGCUGCUGGAGUUUUGCUUUAUUCAGAUCCUGGAGAUGACAAUGGGAUUACUCCAGCUAAUGGAUUCGAGCAAUAUCCACAUGGUCCAGCUAGACAAGAAAGUUCUGUACAAAGAGGAAGUGUCCAAUUUUUAGGUGGAGAAGGCUCUGCACCUGGAGAUCCAACUACUCCUGGAUAUGCUUCCAAACCUGGUGUGGAACGUCAAGAUCCUCAUUCAAGUAUUGGGAAGAUUCCAGUUUUGCCUAUUUCAUAUCGUGAAGUAAAACCAAUUUUAGAAAAAUUGAAUGGCCACGGAAAGAAGCUUUCGGGAUUUGAAGGAGAGUUAGAUGGAAUUAAAUACUUCACAGGUCCUAAUACAAACUUUACCUUAAACUUGUAUAAUGAUCAGAUUUUCAAUAUUACUACUAUGUGGAAUGUAUAUGGAGAAAUCAAAGGUGAGAAGGAAGACGAUGUUAUAAUUAUUGGUAACCAUAGAGACGCAUGGAUCAAAGGUGGUGCUGGUGAUCCUAAUAGUGGAUCAGCUGCCCUUUUAGAAGUUGCUCGUGCUUUUGGAGAAUUGAAGAAAGCUGGUUAUAAAUUUAAACGUACAGUUGUGUUGCAUAGUUAUGAUGGAGAAGAGUAUGGAUUAUUAGGAUCAACUGAACAGGGUGAAUAUUUUGCCGAUAAAUAUCAACGCAAUGUCGUCGCAUACUUGAAUGUAGACGUUGCUGUUAGUGGUAAAAAUAUGAACCUCGGGGCAUCCCCUCUCUUGAAUAAUAUUUUAUUGGCCGUGGCAAAGGAAUUGGAAUACCCAGAAAAGGGUGUAGGUUCGUUAUAUGAUCAUUUCGUGAAGAUUAAAGAUGGAGAGCGUAUUCACACUCUUGGCUCUGGUUCAGAUUUUACUGUAUAUUUAGAGCACUUAGGAAUUCCUUCUGUUGAUUUUGGCUUUGAACCUGGGAAGAAUGAUCCAAUUUAUCAUUACCAUUCAAAUUAUGAUUCAUACUAUUGGAUGUCAAACUUUGCCGAUAAAGGAUUUGUGUUCCAUAACUUGGCUGCAAAGUACCUUUCUUUGUUAACUCUAGCUUUGAGUGAACCGGAAAUCAUCAACUUCAAUUUGAGGGACUAUGCAAAGGGAUUAGUUGAAUACUACAAUUCUACUAUUCAUAGAGUGCCAGAAGAUUGGCUUUCAAAACCAAUUAACUUGGAUGAAGAUUACUCUUCUGAAGAGAUUUCAUAUAUCAAGAAAGUAACCAAUGGAAACUAUGUGCCAGUAGUUUUUGAUGGCUCGCGUUGCAGAAUGAUGAAGAAAAUGAACGAGAAGAAUAUAACUUUGGAAAAGGCAAUUAAGAAGACUUUUAAGAAGUUGAAAUCUUUUGGAAAAACAUCAAAUCAUUUCGAUAGCCAAUCAAGAUAUUUACAAAGUGAAUUUGAUAAAUUACCAAACUUACCAUUUUGGCAAAGAAUUAGAUUACGUUAUCAAAUAAAAUAUCACAAUAAAGCAUUGAAAUAUUUCGAACGUAAUUUCUUGCACGAAGACGG